AUGCUAGCCACCGUUUGCAAAUAUCUAGUUGGACUGUUCCUGCUCUCCUCUUAUAAGUCGCUUCCUGGGGCUUACUUUGUCAGAUUCUACUAUUCGCCAAUAAAAUAUGCAUUGCUGCCAGUCUUCACUGGUUAUGAUACAAAGAAUAUUAAGACUUUGCAAAAUGAUAAAUUUGGCGUAUUUAGAGCAAAUAAAUACACUACGUAUGCUUCACCGUUUGAAUGUGACUUCUAUUUCCACAAAAGUAAUAGUACCUAUUUCGCUGAAUUGGAUGUCAAUAGAGGCGGAUUAAUGUGUAAAAUUUUCCAGAAAUUGUUCUUAACAUCGAAACAUUAUCCAUUUAUUCCCGUAGCCAACGUCUUCAUGAAUUUCUUAAAAGAGAUUAAACCAUUCGAGAAAUACGAUAUUUCAUCUCAUAUCUUUUGUUGGGAUCAAAAAUGGCUUUAUAUCAUGAGUAGAUUCACUAGGACGAAUGACAAGACGCUUUUCUCAAUUGCCAUCACCAAGUAUGUUCUAAAAGAUGGAAGAAAGACUAUUAAUCCAAGAGAUGCAAUGAAAGCUUGCGGCAUCUACAAUGAAGAAGUUGAGAAGAUCUCUCAAGAAAACCUCGUUCUAUUAACUGAAAAGUCGGGCUUCCACGACACUGCAGUCCUUGAGAGUGUGGAACACAACUAUGGUGACAUCUAG